AUGCCGGGCUUCGCAGAUCUGAAGGACCGUGCGUCCAACGUUUUCGGCGGUGCCGGCUUCGAAAAGUUCGAAAUGCCCAAACAUGGCUACGACCAGAUGGACGGGGCGGCGGUCGGGGGCGCCUACCAGGCGGACACCGGGGGCAACGAUUCGCCGAUGUCGUUCGAAGAGAUCGAGCGUCCCCCGCUGCGCCAUGUCGACAAGUACGUCCGGGCGGAGUGUCCCUGCAUCAAGACGACCCGCUACACGAUCUCGCUGAUGACCUGCUUGGGCUUCAUCAUUUCGUUCGGCAUGCGCUGCAACAUGGGCAUGGCCAAGCUGCAGUUCGAGAAUGGGUCGGUAAAGUAUAACUGGACGGUCGCGAUGGAAAGUGCCGUCGACUCGUCGUUCUUCUGGGGCUACUUGGUAACGCAAGUGCCCGGUGGCUUCCUGGCCUCGAUGUUCCCGGCGAACCGCAUCUUCGGCACGGCCAUCGCCAUCUCGGCCUUUCUGAAUCUGCUCGUCCCGGGCGCCAUGAUGCUACAUCCCACCGUCGUCAUUCUGGUGCGAGUCCUGCAGGGUCUGGUGGAGGGUGUAACUUAUCCAGCGUGUCACGGAAUCUGGCGAUUCUGGGCCCCUCCGCUCGAGCGCUCCCGGUUGGCGACGAUGGCGUUCAGCGGGUCGUACGCGGGCGUCGUGAUAGGCAUGCCCAUGUCCGGCAUCCUGACCGGUUCAAUCAGCUGGCACGCUCCGUUCUACUUCUACGGCGUGAUGGGACUCAUAUGGUACUGCUUCUGGUUGUGGCUGUCGUUCGAGAAACCGCGGCAACAUCCAACCAUCUCCGUCAAGGAGCUGAAGUACAUCGAAAAGUCACUCGGCGAGUCGGUGUCGCUGCCGAUGCCGACCAUUGCGACGACCCCUUGGCGACACUUUCUCACCUCGAUGCCGGUGUACGCGAUCAUCGUGGCCAACUUUUGCCGCUCGUGGAACUUCUAUCUGCUGGUGCUGUAUCAGAGUGCAUACCUGAAGCACUCGUUUGACUUCCGAAUCGAAGAGACUGGUUUACUGGGAGCACUGCCACACUUGCUGAUGACGAUCAUUGUACCGUUCGGGGGCAUGCUGGCCGAUCACAUCCGAAAGACGGGACUCCUGUCCACCACCAACGUACGGAAGCUGUUCAACUGUGGCGGGUUUGGACUCGAGGGUCUCUUCUUCCUGGUGGUAGCUCACGCCACAAGCUCCAUGGGCGCCGUGACGGCACUGACGCUCGGAGUGGCCUUUAGUGGGUUCGCAAUAUCGGGCUACAACGUCAACCAUCUGGACAUCGCCCCACGUUACGCGAGUAUUUUGAUGGGAAUGUCCAACGGCAUCGGGACGAUAGCGGGACUAAUCUGUCCCAUAGCGAUAGACCAUCUCACCCGAGGGCAGCCAAAAUCAUGCUGGUCGACGGUGUUCACGAUAGCAGCGACGGUGCAUCUGGUGGGUAUCACCUUCUAUGCCAUAUUUGCAUCCGGGGAGCUGCAGCCCUGGGCAGAACCCACGCUGGACGAGCAACGAGCCUGGGAUCCGGUCGGAACGGGCUACGAGAAGGAGACGACAUUCAACGGAGAUCCAACCGGUGAAGGAGGCGGUGGGACGGGUAUGGUCCCACCGUUCGGAGAUCCAACAGCACAAAUCAACAGCACCAAAACGGUCAGCUACGGAGCGGUACAGCACGUCACUGGGAACCCGUUCGCGCACCCGAACGCCAUCAGUGAGGAACCGGUGCAGCCGGAAGCGAGGGAUACGUACUUACACGGAAACCCUACUGAGCGUACCUAUUGACCUGCUCGAAUGAAGAAAACCGUAACAUUCAACGUCAACUAGGUCCUCACUGUGGACGCAAUAACCUGUAUCUUUCGUUGGCGCGAGUGACCCCUCAUGUGGUGUCUUCUUAUAUCGUUGGGACGCACUCGACGCCACUACUAAUCAAAAUCUGUGUCUCUUCGAAUAAAGGGGAUAGGAGUAAACAAAUGAGCACUGAGUAAUGGACGAACGAACGACGCGUGGAACGAGGAUUUUGGGAUUGAGGCGAACGAAAUCCCGCUAGGUGGUAAUGAUCAGUCAUACAAACAAGUAAAAUUUAACCCUGCUUAAGCAAUUACAACCACUAGAUAGUAUCUAACAAAUAUUUAAACCAGAAACUAGCGCGCAGAUGCACAUCGUAUUUACAACCGCGUCGGAGGGUGUGUACAUACACGUAACAAACGCAUAUAACGUAUGGAUAAAUGGAUAAAUAUAUUAAUGCAUAUAUAAAAUAUGAUCAAGAUUAUAAUAAUCGACUACUGCCGUAAGUAAACAUAUACUAACGAUGCAGAAUAACUGAAGAUACAACUGUUAAGACAACGCACUGAGUAACAGAUAGAGAAAUCCUUUUUUUCCCAACUGCAUCGAUCCGGUUCGACCGAUCCUUGCUAUAGAGACGUGUAAGUUCAACGUGUAAAGGCACAAAUCAAACAUGGUAGUUUAAUGGCAUAACACACAAGCAAACACAGACGAUAAAAAAGUGGACAAAGCUCCUGAGGUUGAACGCAAAGCCUUUCACCGUGGGAGUUAUGAACAAUAAUCGGACAAAACACUUCGAGUGGAUGGAUAUCCCAACACAAUGGGCAGCGAGGAUAUUGAUCUUGAUCAACAAUGAACCGUAUAUGAAACAAACACAAACCAUACUCUACGAUAAGCAUAUAUCGCACUAUCAGUUACUUAUACAUAGCGUAAGGUAGCUUCUCUUCGGUCAUAGGUCUGUAAAAAUAUGCAACUCGACGAAAAACAGUUUCUUUCAAACUAAAAGAGUCAAUUGGACGAGUGUCGGUCGGUUCCCAGCUACCGGAACACAGCAGAUGGAACCGGUUGGACACGGAACAACACAUACGGCAGACUAGCGUCUCGUUGGUGUAAGAAAGGUUCAGGUGGGAGUUGAAUGAACGACUAAUGUGUUUUAAGAUGAAGCCUAAUCUGCGGCACGUCAUAAAGGUUCCCAACUCCUCUUUUACCUACCUUCCGUUCGAUUGAUGUCCUUUGGUCUCCUGAAAUCGGUGGGAAGGUUCAUUUAAUGAUUCCAUUAACACCCGAAAAGAGCAUCGCACCUUCCGAAACCGAACCGGCCCGAAGAGCCACCGAAGAUGGCAUUGUAAGUAAAUAAGUUUAGAGAUAAAAGAAGUUAAAUUUGAGGUGUUUCACUCACUCUCAAAGGCUGUGGCGACAAUAAUAAAACCCGGGAAGGUCAGCAAAAUGGCCCAACCGGUACGAUAAUCGUAAGCAUAAUUGCGGUUUUGUGAUCGCGCAGGGAAAGAGGUUCAUUCCGUUUGUUAAUUAUUGGAGUAGGAAGGAAUAAUAAGGCAAAAUAAGUGGCUGAUGUGGCCCAACAUGAACUAACCAGAAGAUAAACAUUAGCCUCAAUGCAUGGAUUACCGAAGACGUAUUGUAGACGUUGAGUUCCGUUUUAAAUAAGAUUCACUUUGUUCAACGCUGCUGGCAUUGCAGAAAACCCGUUGUGCUGCGAAUGUGACAGAAAAACAAUAAUACAACUCUUGUAGCUUGUAAGUUCGCCAAUGUAGUCCUAUGUUGACCUAAUCCCAACCCCUAUCCCUGCUCCUCCCGUUCGCACCCGAACAUACACCUAGUACUACACAAACCUGUUCAGUGAUAUGUAGUGAAUUUACCAACAACAGCUCAUCAACAAAAGUAAAUCGUUGCAAAAUGCGAAGUGAAACCGAUAGUAGUGGCAUAAGUUGCGGCGUGUCCUAGUCGUACCCACCGCGUCGACGGUGAAUGAUUGGAUCGGAGAAACAACUAUUGGGGACUGCAUAUUGGCACAUGGAACCAGAAUGAUUCUACCUUGGGUUCAAAAUGAGAAAGAUAUAAGGACAUGAGAAAAACUCUGUUCUGGGAUUCUAAAUUGAUCAAUAUUCUUUUACGGAAACACUCCAGGUCAGAAUCAUUUGCCGUACUCGUUGGGGGAGACACUGAGUGGGCAGGGCACGAUGCUCAAUGCUUCAAACCUAUAUCCUGGGUAAAGUUGUACAUACCUAGAAAAAAAAGAAAAAAUAAAUAACGAAUUUUCUCGCCAACAUGGCAUAUAAGGGCUACGAAUAGUUCAGUGGGAAGGAAACCUAGUCCUUCUCCAGUAGCGUAUGUGCGGAUGUGCGUUCAUGCAGAUAAACGGGUAUUACGGCACUUGUUAAGGAUGGUUAGAGUAUAUGUGAUGUACAGGUGUACAUGUGUAUGAUUUUGGAAAUAGUACUAAACAUUACAAUCGAACACAAACACAAACACGUGAACACGCGUGUCUCUUACGGAAACGUGACCCCUAUACGCGAUCAAUUGAAAUUUUAGUGACAUUAGAUAGCCUUAGUUCCCUCGUUCUCGAAACCGGAUAAGCGAUCGUAAAACCCACUAUCAAUCGAUCGAAAGUCCUAUCUAUCUCGACCGACUUGUUCACCUCCUCCUCUUCCGGUAUGGUUUGUUCCCGGUUCGUUUAGAAACAUUCUCCGUACUUAAGGCGCCUGCGAGACGAAGCUGCCCUUCUCGUGUAAGAUUAUAAACAAGCGGACCUGUACUAGAGAAUAGUUUCGUAGCGCUGCAGUUUAGGACAGCUAAACUUGUCAAAGAUACCAAAGUAGAAUAGAAGAAACAUCACGUCACAGUUGACCUGUGAAUCGGUGGUGGAAAUUUCUCCCAUUGCCCGUAGUAUUACCACAGAUUCAUGAACCCACGCACACAGUAUAGUACCAGGAUGGCAAUCUCCGAUGGCUUCAUCCUCCCUUUUCCGGUAGAGUAUCCUUCCCAAACGUGUCAUGCAGCACCCGAGUGCACUGAUAAGAGAUAAAAACACGAUAUGUAAAAACAGAGACGAUGUUUCACUAAAAACUUGUUAAGCUUAUACGAGAAAACUAUUGUUCGUUUGUGUUGAGAAUUUCAUUUCUUACCCUCUCUACUAUUUAUGUUUUCAUUACCGAAGUAACGGUCGGUCUGUUGUUGUUGUUGUUUGCUGAACAUAUUUUAUUCAUAACAUGAACAUAUUUUCAAUCUUCCAAUGAAGCAUUCCCUUGUUGGGAACAUUGGUCGAGUUGGAUGGUUGGAUCUGCCGCGCUGUACCCGAAAGCUUCGAAUCAUCCACCAUCCAACAAACCCAAAUGGUAAUGCAUUACCACAACAAUACAAGAAUAUUACGCAAAACAUGAUCGCAAAACUUGAGCCAGCAAGUGGUUCAACUAGUUGUAGGUGUUGUUGUUUCACGGAGUAUUAUGCGGCUAAGCUGCAUACCAUACAUCUAUAUACAUAAAGAUAUAUAACUACAAAAUAGUGUAGCAUACUUUCCGGCUUCAAUAGGAAAUAUCGCAUGAAAUAUACGUUGUGUUUAUUAAUCUAUAAAACUCCCCCAACUGUACAUUACAUAGCGCGACAUAGCACUUAUCUAUAUACAGUGCAGAACAGUAUAUAGUAGACAAGACUUACCAUCAAAUAAAAUGUAUCUAUUCUGUACGCAAAUAUGUGUCGGGUCGGAAGAAAGGGAAGGAAAAAAUGACUUGAAAACCAAAACCAAAAAACUCACUACAAAACGAAUAAUCAAUCCUGACACACACGCAGCUUCAUUAUGAUAAGCAAAUCUCGUCUCGUUGUUGUAAUCGCAUCAUAAUCGAACACGCCGUUACUGUGCUCUAAGUCUGUUUGUUUGUAUGUAUGUUUGUAUGACCGUGCGUGCGUGUGUAUGUAGGAGACGAAGCGGGGGAGGUGUGCCGGAGUGAGAAUCCGAGAAAAUGAAGCUAUGAAAAUCCACUUGUUCUAAUACACAACACAACUACAAAUUAAAGUGUUUAGCAGUUAAGUAACUAAUCCUCAUUGGCAAUAGCGUUCCAAAAAUGACGUGUAUGAAAUUUACCACCUUCUAUCAGAUUGACGCACGAAGUGCACCAGCGUGCGGGCGUGCAGUAAUGUAAAGUGAAGGAAAAACUAAGACGAUCGUAGAAAUAUUCCAGAAUAUCGUGCACACACAGUGCAAAAAACGAAGAAAUCGAACGAAAAGGCAUCCAAUAAAAGUGCGCAUAUUUAAAUUGUUGAAAUGAAUCAA